AACACUUGUUCUUCACCAGUCUGAUACACUCUGUUAAGAUGGAGGGAAAACUUCUUCUUGUUCUUCUUUUUGUAGCAAGUGCCGCUGCUAGUGGAAAGUAUAGACCUGGGUAUCCUUCCUAUCCACGACCAGUAUGCACCUACGGAGGAGAGACAUACAACGUGGGAGAGAAGUUUCCUGCUGGAGAUGAUUGUAACACCUGUACCUGUCGAUCUGGAGGACAGGUGUCCUGUACAAAGAAAUCCUGUUUCUGCGUCUACAACGGACAAAAAUACAAGGUUGGACAGAAGUUCCCCGCUGAUGAUGGAUGUAACCAGUGUACAUGUGGAUCGAACGGAAACGUGGCCUGUACUAAGAAGGCCUGUAUCACAUUCUGUGAGCACAAUGGUCAGAAAUACAAGGUAGGACAGAAAUUCCCUAAAGGAGACGGAUGUAACACCUGUCGCUUAUGUACCUACGAAGGAAAGACAUACAACGUGGGACAGAAGUUCCCUGCUGGAGAUGAUUGUAACACUUGUACCUGUAAAUCUAGAGGACGUGUGUCUUGUUCAAAGAAAACCUGCUUUUGCGACUAUAACGGACAGAAAUACAAGGUUGGACAGAAGUUUCCCGCCGGAGAUGGGUGUAAUCAGUGCUCAUGUAAAUCAAACGGCCGUGUGUCUUGUACUGAAAAGGCUUGUAUCAAGUUACAUCGAUUCCCUACCGUUCUGAAACUGUCAGCCAAGAUGGAAGGAAAGUAUCUUCUCGUGUUGCUCUUUGUUGCCAGCGUUGCUGCAACUGGAAAAUCUGGAGGGAAAUCAUCUAGAAGAGAAUGCAGAUACAAUGGACAAACAUACAAGUUAUGGCAAAAAUUCCCCGCUGGAGAUGACUGUAACACUUGUACUUGUAAAUUCCGUGGACGCGUUUCUUGCACAAAGAAGACAUGUUUCUGUGACUACAACGGACAAAAAUACAAGGUUGGACAGAAGUUCCCCGCUGACGAUGGCUGUAACCAGUGUUCAUGUGGAUCUAAUGGACGUGUGUGGUGCUCCAAGAAGACCUGCGAAACAAGCUGCGAAUAUAACGGUCAGAAAUACAAGGUAGGACAGAAAUUCCCUAAAGGAGACGGAUGUAACACCUGUAGUUGUAAAUCUAACGGAAGUGUGUCCUGCUCCGACAAGUAUUGUCCUCCUCCUCCAAGAUACAACUAGGAAAAAGCAGAUAACAA